AUGGUGAUAGAUCGGUUACACUGUACUUUCCUUUGUGUUGGUGAAAGAAAGUGUUAUUCGUUCAACAUAGCAGCGCAUCCUGACUCUACAGGCCUUUAUCUGUGUGAGUUGUUGGCCACAGAUAAGUACAGAGAAACUAAAAUGUUCCAAGCGAAUGGUACCUUCCAUCAUUAUGACGCGUGGUCUCCAUGUAAAAGCGCUCCUUGUGCGAACGGUGGCAUCUGUGUGCCUGAGUAUGAACGGAACUCCUUUCACUGUGACUGUGCGCCUGGAUUCUGUGGAAUUCUUUGCGAACGAAGAGGAAGUAAGACCUGCAGUGACAUCAAAGACUGCCAUCCGGAAGCCAAAACUGGUUCUUUCUUGAUCGAUCCUGAUGGAGAAGGUGGGGUGGAGCCUUUCACAGUUUAUUGUAACAUGACUGAAAAGCACGGUGUUGGAGUGACAGUUGUUAGUCACGACAGUGAAAAGAGAAGCUUGGUGGAUGGGUUCGAAGGCCCUGGCAGUUAUUCGCGCAAUGUUAAUUACAAUGCAACCAGUCUCCUUCAGCUGGCGAGUCUGACAGCUUCAUCUGCUCAGUAUGAGCAGUUUAUAAUGUACGAGUGUUACGAAUCGGUACUACUUUCUUUUCAUGGUGCAAUGUACGGUUGGUGGGUGUCACGUGACGGAGAGCUGAUGAAGUACUGGGGAGGAGUUGAUUCUGUUGACUACAAAUGCGCAUGCGGCUUGACCAACUCAUGCGCAGACCCUAAUCAGGGAUGUAACUGCGAUAGAAAUGACCAAAACUGGCGAGAGGACAGCGGUUUACUCACAGACAAGUCCAAGCUUCCCGUGAAGCAGCUCAGGUUUGGAGAUACCGGUCCAGGAGAUAUGGGAUACCACACACUUGGAAAAAUGAAAUGUUUUGGACUCAUUUAA